AUGACGUGGAAUCGCGAGCUCAUGAAGUCUUCCUUCCGCGCUCUCGGUGACGAGUACUACGGCAUGGGCUACAAUCUCAUCAACGGUCCUGUGUCCAGCCCUCUGGGCCGUGUGCCCGAAGGCGGAAGAGUGCCUGAGGGGUUCUCCCCGGAGCCGUACUUAAACGGCAUCGCCCUGGGCCUUGCUGUUGACGGCAUGAACUCAGCCGGCGUCAUUGCGGUUGCCCGGCAUUUCCUGCUCAACGAACAGGAGACGAACAGGUCCGCUACCGACCGAUACUCCUCCAACGCUGAUGACAAGACGAUCCGCGAGGUGUACUUGUGGCCUUUCGCAGACGCUGUCCACUCGGGUCUGAUGGCCGUCAUGUGCGCUAUGAAUAAAGUCAACGGCACCUUGUCGUGCGAGAACAGCCCGCUCCUCAACGGUUACCUCAAGACGGACCUGGGUUUCCCCGGCCUGGUAAUGCCUGAUGUAAGCUCGCAGACGACAGCCUUCGGCUCCGCCAACGGUGGCCUCGACUUUGGCUCGAGCACCUACUGGACCGAAAGCACCCUCGAGGCUGGCAUCGCCAACGGUAGCUUCACCCAGGCCCGUCUUAACGAUAUGGCCGUGCGCAACGUUAUUGGCUACUACUACGUUGGCCUCGACGAUGGCAUGCAACCUUCUCAGGCUGGCACCAACGAAUACCGCCAUGUGCGUGGCAACCAUGCCAAGCUCAUCCGCCAGGUUGGCGACGAGGCUAUCGUGCUCCUAAAGAACAACAACGAGAACGGCUACGGCCUUCCCCUAAAUAAGCCACGUACCAUGUCACUCUACGGCGCCCACGCUGGACCCGCCAUGGGUGGACCGAAUCAAGCCCUCAGUGUCCAGGGCACUGACAGCGAUACAUAUCAAGGACAUCUCGCUACGUCUGGCGGUUCUGGCCAGGCUUCGUUCCCCUACCUUAUUACUCCGUUUGCAUCCAUCAGCUUGCGUGCCGCCGACGAGGGUAGCAUGAUUUGGUGGAUCCUGAAUAACACCUACACAUCCACCACGUCAAGUGGCGGUAUGGGAGGCGGCUUUGGCGGCGACUUUGGCGGAGGAAGUACUUUUGGUGGAGGAAGUACUGGUAACAGCACCACUGGUGGCGGUGUAGCCGGUGGCUCUGGCGGUGGUGGUGGUGGUGUCAAUCUUGGUAGCGUAGGUUCUGGAACAGCUGUUACCCCGGCCAUUGACACCUAUGCCGCCCUGGACUCCGAGGCCUGCCUUGUCUUCUUGAACGCCAACUCGGGGGAAGGUGCAGACCGCAGCUCCUUGUACGAUGACGAGCAGGAUUCGCUGGUGACUACUGUCGCUGAUAACUGCAACAACACAAUUGUCAUUGUCAACGCCGUAGGUCCCCGUGUUAUCGAUGCAUGGAUCGAGCAUGAAAACGUGACAGCUGUUUUGUACGCCGGUAUGUUGGGUCAAGAGAGUGGCCGGGCCAUCACCGAUGUCCUGUACGGCGAUGUCAACCCUAGCGGCAAGCUGAGUUACACCAUCGCCAAGAACGAGUCCGACUACCCUGCCACCAUCUGCUACACAGCCGUAUGCGACUUUUCCGAGGGUGUCUACUUGGACUACCGCUCGUUCGAGGCCCAGAACCUGACGGCUCGCUACCCCUUUGGCCACGGUCUCAGCUACACCAAUUUCACAUACGGUGAAGUGACGGCUGCUGCGACCAACGCUUCAGCGCUCAAGUCCCAGCAUCCUACCGGGGCACUCUCGCUUGGUGGCCCGGCGGAUUUGUGGGAUGAAGUUAUUACUGUCACCACGACGGUCCAGAACUCGGGGUCGCUCGAGGGUGCCGAGGUUGCGCAGUUGUACAUUAGCUUCCCAGAGGCGGCUGCCCAACCGACGAAGGUGUUGCGUGGCUUUGAGAAGCAGAAGAUCCGCGUCGGCGCCACAGCCCAUGUCAAAUUCAGCAUCCGGCGUCGUGAUGUUAGCUACUGGGACACUGUGGCUCAGCAGUGGGCGGUUACAAGUGGCGAGUACACUUUUUCGGUCGGCUCGAGUUCGCAGGACAUUCGUGGAACUGCUACGUUGACCAUCUAG